UCUUAAGCUAUUACUUUGCUUUUAUUGUGGGAAUUAUUAUUCGGUAUUCCCAGAGUAUCUGUUGAGUCCUUUUUUUUUUUUUUUGGGAAUUAUUACUAGGUAUUCACCUAGUAUUUCUGGAUGCCAAUUGCAUUUACAUUUAGCAUACCCCUUUAUCCAAUUAUUUAUUAGUAGUACAUUUGUAAGAAGAAAGGGAACAACAAUAUAAUGUGUGUGUGUGUGUGUGUGUGUGUGUGUGUGUGUGUGUGUGUGUGUGUGUGUGUGUGUGUGUGUGUGUGUGUGUGUGCUCUCACACGCACAAACAUGUAUGCACAUAUAUGUACAGUAUUAGUUAUUAUUCUUGUGUGGGAAUGAGACGAUUUCAUGAUGAGCCUUAAAUGAGAUCAUUCGAAAGAGGAACGCUUCUGUCCAUUUUAUUUUAGAAGAUGUUGGGAUCACAACUGUGCCUACUGGUGUUGCUGGGAGCUGUAGUCCCCGCAUUGCAGCAGAGAGACCAAUGGUCAAGCCUAGACCACUCUAAUGACUACAACUAUGUCCGCCAUGAUGAAGAAGUUCAAAAAACCUUCUGCUCUUGGGAUUGUCUGAAGUUCACUCUGCAGUGGCCCGGGGCCUUCUGUACGUAUCUAAAUGAGAAGGCAAAGUGUGUUAUUCCACCAGAGAUCAACACCUGGACCAUUCAUGGGCUCUGGCCUCAGAAAGCUUAUAACUGCUGCGGCUGUUGGCAUCUCUUCCCCUCUGACCUCGAGGUCCUUGAUGAAGAGCUGUCUCAGGAGUGGCCGUCCUUCGUGAAGUCCAAGUCCUACUUCCAGUUCUGGAAGAUGGAGUGGCUCAAGCAUGGUGUGUGUGCGGCCUGUGUUGAAGGACUCAACUCCCCGAUUAAGUAUUUCUCACUCUGCCUCAAACUACGACAACAAUUCAACAUCACAAGGACUCUGUCAGAGGGGAGUGUGGUUCCGUCUUGUGAUCGCCCUUAUAAGCUUGCUGAACUCGAGGAGGUCCUGACUCCACUUAUAGGAGAGCACCAUGAAAUCCAGUGCGUCAAAGAUAAGCAGGACAGGGAGCUCUGGUUCCAGGUGAAGAUUCCUUUGUCCCGGAACCUCACCCUGGGCUGUCCCAAACCGAACCCCACUGUGGAGCGCGGCCCACCCCCCGGCGGGCAUCCCUGCCCUUCGCAGACCCCCAUCUACCUGGUGCCCAUAGACCAUGAGAACCCCCGUAAGCCCUGUGGCUGAGGGUCCUGCUAGUCCCUAGACUACGCCCUGCUAGUCCCUAGAGUACAUCCUGCUAGAUCCUAGAGUACAUCCUGCUAGUCCCUAGACUACACCCUGCUAGACCCUAGACUAUACCCUUCUAGACCCUAGACAACAACCUGCUAGACCCUAGACUACACCCUGCUAGACCCUAGACUAUACCCUGCUAGACCCUAGACUAUACCCUAGACUACACCCUGCUAGACCCUAGAGUACAUCCUGCUAGACCCUAGACUAUACCCUGCUAGAUAGACCCUAGACUAUACCCUUCUAGACCCUAGACUACACCCUGGUAGACCCUAGACUAUACCCUGCUAGACUAUACCCUUCUAGACCCUAGACUACACCCUGCUAGACCCUAGAGUACACCCUUCUAGACCCUAGACUACACCCUGCUAGAACGUAGACUACACCCUGCUAGACCCUAGAGUACACCCUGCUAGACCCUAGACUACACCCUGCUAGACUCUAGACAACACCCUGCUAGACCCUAGACUACACCCUGGUAGACUCUAGACAACACCCUGCUAGACCCUAGAGUACACCCUGCUAGACCCUAGACUACACCCUGCUAGACUCUAGACAACACCCUGCUAGACCCUAGACUACACCCUGCUAGACUCUAGACAACACCCUGCUAGACCCUAGACUACACCCUGCUAGACCCUAGACCACACCCUGCUUGACCCUAGAGUACAUCCUGCUAGUCCCUAGACUACACUGGUCUUGACGCUAGUCUUGAAUAAUAAUCAACAUUCUGCCUCGUAUUCUGUGUUAAAGUCAGACAAAUAAAACAAAAUUAUCUCUUGCUUUUAGUCGCUAUGUUAUUCAAGAAUAUUGUGCACUAUAUAUAUUUAUUACGUGGCUCUUCUCAAUGCCGUGGAACGCUCCGUUCACUUGGGCCCUUCACAACUGCCGGCGGUAUAAUUGACCGCGGUCAAAGGAAAUUGAAUUUUUUGCCGUCUUUAACACCACUCCGCAAAUAGUCUGGUAACUUAUCAACCCCAGCGUACUCAGUUGCUAAGGGACGUCAACGUCUUUGGCAGACUAUUUCUCUGCUGAUCAACACUAUGAAUUCUUGUAACAAAUAAAUUGUAAAAAGACACACCGUGUGAAGUUAUUCUUUUUUCGUUUUGGCAAGUAGCCGUGUAAUAAGCAGGAUAAUUUAUCAAACGUCACAGGUUAUUAUCGAAAAUAAUUCAAGGAGAAGCAAGACAACCUCGCUACUGCUUAUUUUCCCGAUAAUGACAGGCGUUCUAUACAUUAUCCCUUACAUAAUAACUCCAUCUAUAUACAUGCGUGUGUGGCCAUAAUAAAGUAUUCGGCACAUGGUUAGGGUUUACAAUUUAUUCAAGAGUCACAUGUUUAAGCUAACAUCUUCUGACCAAAAGUAAGGGUGAAAAAAAAAAAA